AUGUCUGCUGUCCACUACAAGUUCUUUUCCAAACUGACCUAUGACAUGGUCACCUUCAACAGCCUCCACAUCUCCCUGUGCAACCUCAAGCCCCAGAUCAUGGGCCGCGAGGAGCUGAAGGCGUCCAGCUGCGAUCUGCAGAUCACCGACGCCCAGACCAAAGAAGGGAACCAGGAGGGCAAGCGGCGCUGGGAUCAAGUGGAGUGGGCAGUGGUAAUGUCGUUCGGCCACGAGCGGUAG